AUGUUCGGAGGAGAAAUGCCAGAGCUGCCGGCUGAAGGCUAUCCAGACAAAAGAAAUAUCCCCAGGAUGGACUUUCUGGUUCUGUUCUUACUCUACCUGGCGUUGGUGCUGCUUGGUUUUGUGAUGAUCUGCGUAGGCUCGAAAACCCAUUACUUGCAAGGCGUGACCAGCAGAGGGGCACAGAUAUUUUCAUAUAUAAUUCCAGAAUGUCUUCAGAGAGUCAUGCUAAGAGUGCUUCAUUACCUCUUCCAUACAAGAAACAACACCUUCGUUAUCCUGCAUCUCAUCUUGCAAGGGAUGGUUUAUACCGAAUACACCUGGGAAAUAUUUGGCCUCUGUCAACAGCUGGAGUUCUCUUUAUAUUACCUUUUCCUGCCUUAUCUGCUGCUGAUUGUAAACCUGGUUUUUUUCGCCCUAACUUGUGUAACCAACCCUGGUACCAUAACAAAAGCAAACGAAUUACUGUUCCUUCAAGUUUAUGAAUUUGAUGAAGUGAUGUUCCCAAAGAACGUGAGGUGCCCUACUUGUGAUUUAAGGAAACCAGCGAGGUCCAAGCACUGCAGUGUGUGUGACCGGUGCGUGCACCGGUUUGACCAUCACUGUGUGUGGGUGAACAACUGCAUCGGGGCCUGGAACACCCGGCACUUCCUCUGCUACCUCUGGACGCUGACGGCCUCGGCCGCCACCAUGGCCGUGGUGAGCGCCGUGUUCCUGGUCCGGCUGGUGGUGAUGUCAGACGUGUACCUGCAGACUUACGUCGAUGACCUCGGCCACUUGCAGGUUGUUGACACUGUCUUUCUUGUUCAGUACCUGUUCCUGACCUUCCCAAGGAUCGUCUUCCUGGUGGGCUUCGUCGUGGUGCUGAGCUUCCUCCUGGGGGGCUACCUGUGCUUCUGUCUGUACCUGGCCGCCACCAACCAGACCACUAACGAGUGGUACAAAGGCGACCGGGCCUGGUGCCAGCAGUGUCCCCACGUGGCCAGGCCCCCAGCAGCGGAGCCCCGGGCCUACCGGAACAUCCACUCCCGUGGGCUCUGGGGCAACCUUCGAGAGGUCUUUCUACCUGCUACUGCGCGUUAUGAGAGAAAGAAGAAAUAG